AUGGAGAUUAUCUCGUCGAUCAUCCUCCAAGCAGUGCUGCUUUUUCUAGCACUCUCGGUGACCCUUCUGAGAACCUAUGUCCGGUUUCGUAUCGAACGUCGCGGCCUGACUGUCUCCGAUUACUGCACAUGGGCAGGAUGGCUCUGUACGUUGGGGUGGUUCAUCUGCUCCACCAUCGCCCUGAACCUCGCCUUCACUUACCCCCUUACUGAAGAUGGAGCCACUGAAUCGGUCGCAUACCUCAAGACCGUCUUCAUCGGGUGCUACUUCUUCGACAUCGGCUUGUUCUGGGCCAAGGCUUCAAUCGUAACGUUCUACUGGUGGCUCGUCCCAGGAGGCUUCAAGCGCCUGAGAAUCGCGCUAUAUGUUGUCUCGGCGUUUGUCACUGCUGCCUUUCUGGCAACCCUUUUGACGGAUACGCUGAUAUGCAGUCCCAUCUCCGAUAAUUGGUCUCUUGAAAACCAGAUGGAUUCUCUGUGGAAUAACUUCAACAGCUUGAUAAUCAACUGGACACUGAACAUAUCCGCCGAUUUGCUACUCUUCGGUCUCCCCUUCUUCAUUCUCAACUGCUUGAUGCUUCGUCGCCGGCAGAAGAUUGGUCUUGCCGGUAUCUUCUCCCUGGGCGCCAUAACGAUGAUCAUGAGUGCCGCCCGCUUCAUCGCAUACUGCACCGACUACGAUCUCGACGACGCGAGUGGCAAUGCCCUGUGCACGGCCGAGAUGUGCACCGGCAUCAUCGUCGUCUCCCUGCCGGGCCUCAAGAAUCUCAUCGUAGGAGCCAACAGUCCAAUGAACACGGCCAAGACUCGCAAUACCAACGGCUACGUUCAAACAGGCUCGAUUGGUCACGCUUCUGGCAGCCGAAAACUCGCAGACCGGUCUUACCCUACAGACCACAAAACGGACGACGAAAUGGAACUAGUGUCCUACAUUGGAAAGUCCAGCCCGACUACCACGACCUCGACGGCGGCCGACGCGGAUACUGCGGCGUAUCCUUACAGCGGUGUGGCCGUUACCACCGACGUGUCGGUCACCCGGUCUGCAUUUACUGUUUGA